AAUGUAAAAUAGGUGAACAAAAAGGGUCAUUUGGUAGAAAAUAGGACUACUAAUAUAUAUCAUCAGGUUGAUGACAUAAAAAGAUGGCGGAGGAGUCCUCAUUCGCCCACCACCACCUCCGCCACCGUAGACCUCCGAGGUUCACUUGCCCCCAUAUACUUUUGCAUCCUCAACAACUAAUUUUCAGGCUAUGAAUGACUAUCCAAGCCGGCGGUUUAGCCGCCUGUGGAGCCCGUCACAAGAUGAUCACUUCACUCUCUUCCUACUCCGGCGCCUCCUCCUCCUCAUCCUUCUCCUCCUCCUCCACUCCUCCGUCGACGCUUCAAUUCACGAAUACGAAAACCAGCCUUUCGUUCCUCAAUCCAAUGCUUUCUUCUUCCUCGGCGGUGGCGAGGGCAUGUAUGCUUCCCAUCACCAUCAUGAUUCACCCACCGCCUCUGCCUCCGCCUAUAGGCCAUUCCGAGGGAAAUCCUCCAUCAGGUUUGAAAGUAUAACCUUUGCGAGGACAAAAGAAUCUGCUGAGCGUCAAAAUGAAAUGCAGAGUAGAACUGGACUAAUAGAAGCCAUUAUUCUCGAGGUGAAGGACCGUAAUAGAAUUGGGGACAUUUUCUCCAAAUCUCAUGCCAUAUGUUGCACACCUAAACUCUCCGAGGACAAAUUUUGCACCGUAGGAGAGGUCAUCAUUCAGAAAAAUCCCGACAAUCCUGAAUGGCCUAUUCGUAUCCAGAUCUUCUUCGAAGGCAAGAGCGUGGAAGCUAAAAUGGAUAAUCAGUUAGUAGAAAUAAACAGUACAGGAAUGUACUAUCUUUACUUUAUGUUUUGUGAUCCACUACUUAAAGGCACGUUAAUCAGUGGACAGACUAUAUGGAGGAAUCCAGAUGGCUAUUUGCCCGGAAAGAUGAUUCCUUUGAUGACAUUUUUUGGGAUCGCGUCUUUAGCUUAUCUUGUGCUUGGACUUGUGUGGUUCUUGAGGUUCAUCCGCUUUUUGAAGGACGUCAUACAACUGCAUUACCACAUUACCGCUGUAAUCGCACUCGGGAUGUGUGAAAUGGCACUUUGGUAUUUUGAAUAUGCAAAUCUCAAUGCUAGUGGGAAAAGACCUUGGGAGAUCACUUUGUGGGCGGUUACCCUUAGUGCUAUCAGGAGGACAUUAUCUCAGCUGCUUCUUUUGUUGGUCUCAAUGGGGUAUGGUGUGUUGAGGCCGACAUGUGGUGGUCGAAGGACUAAAAUAAUACUGUUAUUGGUGUUAUAUUUUUCUGCUGUGGAGGCCCUUCAACUUUUUGAACAUUUGGGUAACGUCAACGACUUCUCUGGAAAAACUAAGCUAUAUUUGGUCCUUCCGGUUGCCUUUCUAGAUGCCUGCUUUAUAUUGUGGAUAUUCUCGUCUUUAUCAAAAACGUUGGAAAAGCUUCAGAUGAGGAAAAAUAUUUUGAAACUGGAGCUUUAUCGGAGGUUUACAAAUUAUCUUGCUGUAUUUGUGUUGCUCUCCAUUGCUUGGGUUGGUUACGAGCUUUAUUUCAAAGCAAGCGAUCCCUUAAGCGAGCUGUGGCAAAUUGCGUGGAUCAUUCCAGCUUUCUGGACUCUGCUCGGGUUCUUGCUGCUGGUGGUAGUUUGUAUUCUCUGGGCCCCUUCAGAUAACCAAACAAGAUAUGCUUACUCCGGGGAGAAUGGCGAUGACUGGGAUGAAGAAGCGAUAUCACUUACGAGGGGAGUGAAAAUGGCAAGUGAAACGGGAACGAUCAAGCUUGAAAGAAAGGAGAAAAGGGGUUGUUGUGCUGCUUCAGGGGUGGAUCAGGUUAAUGGACCAACGGGUGAAGAACAUGAUGAAGAGGACAAGCUAGAAUAGGUUAAGCUAAUAAUGUGUGUUUGCAAGAGCAAGUAUUGUGAAUGUGAUGAUAGCCGACGGCUCUGGCAGAAGCAGGGAACCCGUUGGUUUGGUUCUGUGGAGUCUCCUCUGCCUGACUGUGCGUUUGUUCACCAUAAUAAUAUUAUACUAUGGUCGAACCCCGUGUACAGUUGUAUUUACUACUAAGUACAAAUCUAAUUCCUCCUUGUUAGUUUGAUGAUAUGCAGUGAAGAAUUGAAAAAUUAGAUCCCUUUCAUAGUUCACACUCACAGUAGUAACAAAAGACACUUGGUAGUGAAUGUAUAGUUUGUCAAGACUCCCGCGUCCCCGAGUACGUUACUACUCUCGUUGGCAAAGUUGGUUUGUAAUCCAAAGAUUAACCUUCCUCAUCAUCAUCAGCAUAAUUUAAAA